AGUUUACAAAAUGUCUUAUCAUUUCUUGAAUUUUUAUUGCUGUAAAUUUUAUUUCAUUUUAUGAUUUUAUGUCAAUUGCGAGACAAUUACUUGCCUUGGGUUUAUUUUAUACGUUGCAUAAAAAAAUACUCUGUUCAACAUAAUCGUUAAUCGAUCACAGAUCGGUUUUUGUUCUGAGAAAUCGUAAUAACAAGCAUACUUUUCUAAACUAACACUAGCUUCUUUCCAUCAACUUGUUUUUAUUUUUAAAUUAAGUUCAGGGAACGUACAGCUUUCUCAUUUGUUCGCGAGUAAUUUGAGAAUUGCCAUUUCCAACAAUAUGAACGAUUGCAAGAGAAAGAAAAUGAGCAACGGUAGGUUGUCUAGUCAUUUUACACUACCAAGUGAAGAAAAAUUGAAAGAAUUGAUCGGCACAACGAAAGACUGGGCUCUUCUCAAUGGAAUUGUGAUGAGAUCAAAAAGCAAUUACUCCCGUGAUUCAGUGAUUUUUGCACCAUUCACCUUAUUUCCGUCAAUAUUUCCCAGGGUGGAAUUUGAGAAAGCGGUAGAAAUUCAACCUGUUUUGAACGAGCUGAUGCAUAAAGUUGCACACGAUUACGAAUUUCUCUAUAAUACUUUGAAAAAUACGAUAGAGGUGGAUCAUUUCACAAAAAAACUAUUUGAGAUAUAUGAAAUCGUAAGAAAAGAAGGAUUUACUCAGCCUAUCUAUUUAGGAAUUAUAAGAUCAGAUGUAAUGUUGGAAUCGUUAUGCGAUGGAAUUCGUGUCGAUCCAUACUGUUGCUGGAAACAGGUUGAAAUUAAUACUAUUUCCAGUGGAUUUGGGUGGUUAGGUCCAGCUUCAAGGAUUAUUCACAGAUUUGUUCUGGAACGUUUAAACCGAUUUGAAGAUUUGAAAAAAUUACCCGAAAAUAAUGCAUUGUCAGGAAUUUGCGAAGGAUUAUUGGAAGCUUGGAGAUUUUAUGAUAAUAAAAGUGCAGCGAUACUGAUAGUUGUGGAAGAUAUGCCUUUCAAUAUUGCUGAUCAAAGGUUUCAUGAAUUUGAAUUGUACAAACUCAAUCCAAAUAUUAGAAUAUUGAGAGAAACUUUAACUGAACUUUCAGUCCAUGCCAAAUUGGAUGAACAGCGAAGACUUCUAGUAAAUGGUGAAGAAAUCGCUGUGGUGUACUACAGAUCAGGGUAUUCACCGGAACAGUACCCCAGUGAAAAAGAGUGGGAUAUAAGACUUCAAAUAGAAAGAUCAAAAGCAAUCAAGUGCCCAACUAUAAAUUAUCAUUUAGCUGGAACAAAAAGAGUGCAGCAGGCUCUUGCAGUUGAUGAAGUUUUGGAUAAAUUUUUGAAAGACGAAGAAAAAAAUAAAAAAGUGAAAGGAAUUUUCACCGGGCUGUAUUCGCUAGAUUUAAAUGCAGCAGGUGACGAAGCUGUUGAAAUGGCUGUUAAAAAUCCUGACGAUUUUGUUUUAAAACCUCAAAGAGAAGGCGGUGGAAAUAACGUGUACGGCGACGACAUUCCCAAACUUUUAUCGGAAAUCGGAAAAUCUAAAGAAAGAACAGCAUUCAUCUUAAUGAAUCGAAUAAGACCUCCAGUUCAAAAUAAUUUCAUUAUCAAACCCGGAGACAACGAUAUUCCGUCGAAUUUGGAUGUAAUUUCCGAACUUGGUAUAUUUGGGGUGAUUAUCGGAAACGAAAAAAAUAUCAUCGUUAAUAAACAAGUUGGCCACAUGCUUAGAACGAAAGAACAUUCCAUUAAUGAAGGUGGUGUUGCCUUUGGCGCCGGUUCUUUAGAUAGUCCUUUUCUUUCCGAUUAAUUUGCAUUUGCACCAUCAAGUUGUAUGUGCCUGCACCAUUGUUAUAAUUAUUAUGCAUUGAUUGCACUAAACUCCCGAGUGUCACGUUUGAUUAUCUCUGGUCUCUUCAUUCGAUUCAAUCAUGUUACCUACUUAACAAAUUUUAAUCGGCUUCUGGGUAAAAUAGUAAUUCAUAACUUCAUCGUUAUGAUUGAAUAUUCAUAUUCUGAUUAAGUACAUAUUAUAAGUUACAAAAUAUCUGUGAUAUACAUUUUUUUUUUUCAUUUGUAAUAUUUUGAUGUCAGUACUUAGCAGUAUCUCUACCUAUUUGUUAUUCAUUUUAAGAAACACCAUUAAAUGAAAAUUAUUAAUCAUCUUUUA